AACAGGAAAUUCCGUGGAAACAACCAAUAUUUCUGAGCAAAAAAACAUUCAAGCAACAACCCCAAGGCUUUCUUCAACUUUUAAGCAACAACAACCUUUAGCUUAACAAAUACUUUGCGCAGUAUCCCGUCGUCACAACCGCCGCCGCGACCAUUUUACAUCGAAAAUCUAGUGAAUUUAUUGAUUUCCGGCGAUGUCGGAAGCGUCUCUGAGGCGGAGAGCUGUGAUUUCCAAGCAAACAUCUCAAUCAGAACCACCAACAAUAAGCAGCACCACCGAGAGUGAAAGACCAAAACCCCAACCAAGGCCGCCGACUUUAUCUCAGCGGGCGAUCUCACAGACCUUAGCAAGCACCGCAAACUUAGCCAACCUUCUUCCUACAGGUACCCUCCUAGCUUUCCAACUCUUAGUGCCAACUUUCACCAACAACGGUUCGUGUGAUGCCGCCACCCGCUCCAUGACGCUCCUCCUCCUCCUCCUCCUCGCUCUUUCAUGUUUCCUCGCUUCCUUCACCGACAGCGUCAAGUCAUCCGACGGUCAAGUAUAUUACGGUUUCGCCACAUUCAAAGGGAUGUUCCUGUUUGACUAUCCCGAUUCUAAAGAGUCUGACUUACCGGAUUUGAGCAAGUAUAGGAUCAAGUUUAUGGAUGGAGUUCACGCUGUUUUGUCUGUGCUUGUGUUUGGUGUUGUGGCUUUGAGAGACAAGAAUGUGUUGAACUGUUUCUAUCCGACACCUAAACAUGAAACUGAGGAGGUUUUGAACAUUGCACCGGUUGGAGUUGGGCUCGUUUGCAGCUUAUUAUUUGUGGUUUUUCCGACAAGAAGGCAUGGAAUUGGCUACCCGGUCACGGCUGGCAAAUAGUUGCUCUUCUCUUCAAUCUUCCCUUCUUCUGUCUCCAUGUUUAUUUAUUUAUUUAUUUUCUUAAUCAAUUACAGUCUGUGACACUGAAAUUUGAGCAUUGAAUAUUAUUUGGUGAAUGGAAUAAUGUUGACCUUCUUGUUGUUUAA